AUGGCCUUCAAUGCCAAAAACCUGAAUUACGAAAAGAAAGAACCCGCCUUCCUGCGUCGCAUCAAAGGCAAUCUCAGCGAAGGACGUGACCCUGAUAGGCAGGAAUAUUCCAUCGCCAGGCCCAAGAAGGCCAAGCAAGACGACGAGGAUGAUGCGCCUACGUAUGUCGUGGAAGAGAGCAACGAUACACUCACCAAGGCCGAGUAUGAAGCCCUAGUCAACGGAAAAAGCACGCCUGAUGCAGCAAAUGGUGAAGAAAAGAAAGACUCUGAAAAUCCCGAAAAUGACGAAGCUGCAAAAGCCGACUCCAAGACGACCAAAUCUAAGCAGCCUACUGCCUCGAUUGGCGCAGCGUCCAAGAAGCGCAAGGCGGUCAAAGUUGGCGGCGAUGCAGACGACGAAGAGGAAGAGGAGCUGAGCAAGAAGAAACCUCAGCCAAAGAAAGCUAAAAAGAAAGCAAAAGCUGUCAAAUUGUCCUUUGCCGAUGAAGAGUAGCGGCUGCAGCACGUCAAAAGAAGACAGUCAUAAACGUCUUAGAGUCGCCUCGG